AUGCCCGACUUCAACUACCUGCAUAUCACCUUUCUCACAUUUCAGGCCGUCGUAGAAGUGGUGAUAGUGUGUGUGGCAGGUUUCUGGGCCGCCACUCAUGGCCUCCUCAAUAGCAAUGCUACAAAGAUCAUCUCUCGAUUGAACGUAGACGUGUUCACGCCGGCCCUUAUCUUUACCAAAUUGGCCUCCUCUUUAUCUCUUAAAAAGUUGUUGGAGGUGAUCAUCAUUCCAAUUCUAUAUGCUGUCACGACUUUUGUAUCGUUGGUUGCAUCCACUUGGAUCUCCAGCUUCUUGAAUUUAACUGAGCCCGAGUCCAAUUUCGUCACGGCAAUGGGUGUUUUUGGAAAUUCAAACUCUUUACCCGUUUCGCUCACUUUGGCCUUGGCUUACACUUUACCAGGUCUUGAAUGGGACGAUGUUCCUGAUGAUAACGCCGAUAAGAUCGCAUCACGUGGAUUGGUUUACUUGUUAAUUUUUCAGCAAUUGGGCCAGAUGCUUCGUUGGUCAUGGGGUUACAAUUCCUUGCUUAAGAAACAACCCGUGAAUGCUAUAUAUGCAGAGAGCGUCAUUCCCGAUACAGAUCCUGAGAGGAAUCUCAAUGGGCAGAAUGACAGGAAGCAUACAGAUACGUCUCAGGUUUCCGAGGUGGUUGAUGGAUCGGACACAGCUUUUUCAACAGUUCACGAUCCUCUUCUUUCUAGCGAGGUUCCCGGACCCGAUACAGUUAGUGCAGUUCCCGUACCAGUUGCUACACCAGCUACCGGUAAUUACGACUCAUGUAGUAUCGAUAGCAUCACACUGCUAAGUUCUGAUCUGAUUUCACCGGAAAGUGCCAACUCGAUACCUACUUGUGCAGUGAGGACUGUAUCCAGAACAGCCAGGGGCGAUAUAGUCGUUCAAAUCGAGGAUAAAGAAGACUCCGACGAUGAAUUGUUGCCGGUUAUGCUAGCCACAUGCCGUUCUAUGACGGCUAUGAGCGAGUUAGAUUCUCCUCCAACGGGGGUGGUAGCCAAGCUGAAGCUCAAUCUAAAACGAAUCGCCGGGUGGAUGAACCCACCUCUUUGGUCGAUGGUGUUAGCCAUUUUUGUGGCAUCGAUUGGUCCCAUCAAAUACCAGUUUUAUGAAGCAAACGGGUUCAUACAGAACACGUUGGCCAAGUCUAUUCGUGAAUUGGGCUCUGUUUCCAUUCCUCUCAUCUUGGUGGUUCUAGGUGCCAACUUGGCUCCAUCUACAGACAUUCCUCCAGCAUGUAGACACUAUUCUAAGAUGAUCUUUGGUGCACUUAUAUCAAGAAUGGUUCUUCCAUCCAUGGUUCUACUUCCAUUGAUUGUGAUGUGCGUUAAAUAUAUUAGAUUGAGUAUUUUGGACGACCCAAUCUUUUUGAUCACAUCGUUUUUACUCAUCACUUCUCCACCAGCUAUUCAACUCUCACAGAUCUGCCAGUUGAACGAGAUAUACCAGAAGGAGAUGGCAGGAGUGUUGUUUUACGGAUACGUCAUUCUUACUUUACCGGUGACGAUAUUUAUAGUUGUCACCGCGUUGCAAUGUAUGCAAUGGGCCCGAGGCUGA